AUGAGAAAAAUACCAAAUAAUGGACACCUGAAGAUGACAAAGGUGGCGUACCCCCUGGGGCUGUUCAUUUGCCUGUUCAUCUAUGUCGCCUACAUCAAGUGGCACUGGGCCUCUGCCACCCAGGCCUUCUUCAGCAUCACUGAGGUGGCAUCGGGGGCCCGGAGGGGCCAGCAGGCUCACAGUCCCCCAGGGACAGCUGCACGUGGUCACGAGGUUUUCUAUGGCAUCAUGUUUGAUGCAGGAAGCACUGGCACCCGCGUCCAUAUCUUCCAGUUUGCCCGGCAGCCUGGAGAAACUCCCACUUUGACCCAUGAGACGUUCAAAGCACUGAAGCCAGGUCUUUCUGCUUAUGCUGAUGAUGUUGAAAAGAGCACUUCAGGAAUUCAGGAAUUACUGGAUGUUGCUAAACAAGACGUUCCUUUUGACUUCUGGAAGGCCACCCCCUUGGUGCUCAAGGCCACAGCUGGUUUACGUCUGUUACCAGGAGAAAAGGCUCAAAAGUUACUGCAAAAGGUGAAAGAAGUGUUUAAGGCAUCGCCCUUCCUUGUAGGAGAUGACUGUGUUUCCAUCAUGAACGGAACAGAUGAAGGCGUUUCAGCGUGGAUCACUGUCAACUUCCUAACAGGCAGUUUGAAAACCCCAGGAAGGAGCAGUGUGGGCAUGCUGGAUUUGGGCGGAGGAUCCACUCAGAUCACCUUCCUUCCAAGACUUGAGGAUACCCUCCAGACCUCCCCGCCUGGCUACCUGACAUCACUCCAGAUGUUUAAUCGGACCUACAAGCUCUAUUCUUACAGCUACCUGGGGCUCGGUUUGAUGUCGGCGCGGCUGGCGAUUCUGGGUGGCAUGGAGGGGAAACCUGCUGAGGAUGGAAAGGAGUUGGUCAGCCCUUGUUUGUCUCCAGGUUUCACAGGAGAGUGGGAACAUGCUGAAGUAACAUACAGAAUUUCAGGACAGAAGGCAGCAGUGAACCUCCAUGAGCUGUGUGCCAGCAGAGUAUUGGAAAUCCUUCGAAACAAAGUGCACAGAACGGAAGAAGUGAAGGAUGUGGAUUUUUAUGCUUUUUCCUACUAUUAUGACCUUGCAGCAAAUGUUGGCCUCAUAGAUGUGGAAAAGGGAGGCAGCCUUGUCGUCGGAGACUUUGAUAUCGCGGCCAAGUAUGUGUGCCGGACGGCGGAGACCCGGCCACAGGGCAACCCCUUUCUGUGCAUGGACCUCACCUACAUCAGCCUGCUGCUCCAAGAGUUUGGUUUCCCAGAGAACAAAGUGCUGAAGCUGACUCGGAAUAUCAACAAUGUUGAGACCAGCUGGGCUCUGGGGGCCGUCUUUCAUUACAUCGACUCCCUGAGCAGACAGAAGAGUCCAGCCUUGUAGCAGCCAAGCCGCUCCCAGCCAUCCUCACAGAAGCGGCUCCACCUCCAUGAGAACAGACCUUCGUGAGAAUAGACCUUUGUGGAACCCCUUGACAUGUUGGGAGGAAGCCACUGCUCAGGCUGCCACCCCUCUCCCCUUGGCCUUGCAGACCUGCCUCUGGACAGGCAGAGGGCUGCAAUGUGACCCAGGCCCAGUGCCUUCUGCCUUGGCUCCAGGUGGACAGUGAACCAGACAGGCAAAGGGCACAUGCCAAGGCCAGGGUGAUGCAGCCAUGCCAUCCCCCACCUGUCCCUGUCUGCAGGGUUGGAGUGGUUAUAACGUGUUUCUGUGAUAGGAGUCUUGUUUUAUCUCCCUGCCCCUGUCUGGUCUCCUCCCAUCCCCAGGGCAGACCUUCACCUUCUCCCCAGAGACUCAGUGGGGAGGUUGUACAGGUUGUCCUGGCUACUCUCAGGGUGG